CCAGGGCAGAAGCUCUCCCCAUCAGUGGCCGCCUGCCGCCGCUGGGCGCCCGCCCCCCCUGCUGGCCGCGAUGGGCUGCUGGCUCUCCGGCCGCAGCGAGCACCUGACCGGUGCCCGCGGCGAGGGCGGCGCCGUCUGGGAGGUGCGGGUCGGCGACAAGUGGCGGCCCCUGCCCGGCCCGGCGAACGAGCGGUGCGAGGAGCUGGCGCGCGGGGGCCGCGGCUCCGGCUCCGUGUACACGCGCGGCUCGCUGUGGGAGUACGACCUGCGGGCAAUGACCCAGACGGAGACUUCGACGGGGAAGGUGCGGGAACUGAGGAGGAGGAUCUCCGCCGCCGCGCGGCCCUCCGCCUCGGAGCCGUCCUCGCCGUCCCAGCCGUGCGCCGCGAGCUCCAGCGAGGCCGGCGGGUGGCCGCCGCGCUCCCGCGCCGGCCCCCAGGGGGCAACGGCGGGGGAGGACGGGCCACGGGCUUCGUGCGGUUCCACAAAUUAACGGGCGCAUCGGCUCCUCCCAGUUUGGGCGCUCCCGCAGGCCAGUGUGGGCUCCUAAGCGCGAGGCGGGCGCGCCUCCGGACCGGACCGCCCCUCGCCUCGCGUGGGGGGCGGGCUGGGUCUGCUGCCCAUGGCGCCC